AUGGACAAGAAGGCGAACAUUCGCAAUAUGUCAGUCAUUGCCCAUGUGGACUAUGGCAAGUCCACUCUGACUGACUCUCUUGUAUGUAAAGCUGGAAUCAUCGCAUCAUCUCGUGCGGGUGAAACUCGCUUCACGGAUACCCGUAAAGAUGGGCAGGAAAGAUGUAUUACAAUCAAAUCUACAGCAAUUUCCCUCUUCUAUGAACGAUCUGAGAAUGAUUUGGCCUUUACUAAGCAUGGUAAAGAUGGAUCUGGUUUCCUUAUCAACUUGAUUGACUCUCCUGGCCACGUGGACUUUUCCUCUGAAGUUACGGUAGCUCUGCGUGUUACUGACGGUGCCCUUGUUGUGGUGGGCUGCGUGUAUGGUGUAUGUGUGCAGACUGAAACCGUAAUCCAUCAAGCAAUUGCUGUAAGAAUCCGCCCUGUCUUGAUGAUGAACAAAAUGGACUGUGCACUUUUGGAACUGCAACUAGAGCCAGAAGAGCUAUAUCAGACCUUCCAGCGUAUUGUGGAGAAUGUAAACGUUAUCAUAUCCACCUAUGGUGAGGGAGAGACAGGACCCAUGGGAAACAUCAUGAUUGAUCCAGUUCUUGGUACUGUUGGCUUUGGUUCUGGACUCCAUGGCUGGGCAUUUACACUGAAACAAUUUGCAGAGAUGUAUGUGCAAAAGUUUGCUGCAAAGGGUAAUGGCAAGCUGACACCAGCUGAAUAUGCAAAAAAAGUGGAAGACAUGAUGAAGAAACUUUGGGGAGACAGGUAUUUUGAUCCUGCCAAUGAAAGUUUAGCAAUGCUGCAUCAAAUGCUGAUGGAAAGAAGUUGCCUAGAACAUUUUGCCAGCUUAUCUUGGACCCAAUAUUCAAGGUUUUUAAUGCUAUCAUGA